AUGGCCGAUGAUGUCCAGCUCAACACAAAGCCGUAUGGGGAUGCUCCAGAGGAUCAUGCGAAGCAGUUGGGGUCCGAGGAAGUGCAGCAGUGGGAGGAUGCACCCAAGAAGGUCGCCAAAAUCAAGGGAUCUUAUGCAGAAUUUGCUAAGGACUUUGCUGGAAAGUUUUCAAUGAAGCUGAAGGUGAAACAAAAAUAUGUGAUCGGGAGCCUAGCUCGGCGGAGUGAUCAGCAAGAUGCUCUCAUGAACUUGUUGGAUGCAGGGUCCUCUCGUGAUGUUCGUGAAAAGUUGAAGAAGAAGAAAGUUCUAAUCGUUCUCGAUAACGUAUACAACUUGGAGCGAGUUGGGAAACUAGCGGGAGUGGCUAGCUGGUUUGGAGAUGGAAGCAGGAUAAUCAUCACCUCCUGGAGUAAAAGCGUCCCUGCAUUCCAAGGAAGAAGAGUCGAGAUAUUGGAGGCUGAGCUGAUGAAGUUCAAAGAAUCUCUCAUCCUUUUCAUAAUAGGUUCACAGCUUCAAAGGCACCAUCACCAUGGAAGGUGGAAUCGCAUAAUAGACACCAUAGACAAGAUUCCGUCUGAGAAGGCAAAAGACAGGCUAAGGAUAAGUUACGAUUCCUUAAACUGGGAGGCGAAGAAGAUAUUCCUUGAUAUUGCAUGCUUUUUCAUCAACGAGGAGAAAAUGAAGCCAAUCUACAUGUGGCAAACCUGGGGCAUUGUAGCGGAUUUGACAGUGGAAGAGCUCAUCGACAGGUCCCUAGUAAACAUCAUUGACAAGAGUAAGUUUUGGAUGCAUGAUCAGCUCAAGGAUCUCGGAAGAAGCAUUGUUCGCGAGGCGACAUUAAAGGAUCCUAGGAAGCCUAGCAGUAGAAUAUGGAUGCCCGAGGAUGCUCUGAAAGUGCUACAAGAUGAAAAGUUUCUUCGCAUCUUGGCAGGGAAAGAAAAUGUCAAUAUGCUUCGUCUUUCAUCCAAGAUAUUGGAGUUUUUAGGAACUGAUCAAGGUUGCCUCCUUACGAAAAAGGAACCGAAGAGUUUCAAGAACUUGAGAUUUCUUAGUCUACAGAAAUCGAAAUUCUCGGGAGAUCUGCAGGAUGUUCUCCCCAAGUUAACGUGGCUUUCUUGGCAUUACUGUCCUACCAGAUCUUGGGGAAAUAAUCUGUGUCUGAAGAAUCUGGUCGUGCUCGACCUCUCGGAGAGUGACAUAAGGGACAACUGGACCGGGUGGCGCCAAAUCGGGAUGUACAAGGAGUUGAAAUUCCUAGACCUCAGGGGAUGCUACAACCUGACCAGAACGCCCGGCUUAUCCGAGUGCACGAGACUGGAGAGACUAAUACUUCGAAAUUGCAUUAGCCUGUCCAUCAGAGGACUGGUGAAGCUUGAGUUCCUGUCGUUGCACUUCUGCAAGAAAAUAGAGAAGCUCCCAGAUUCAAUUGGGCAUCUGACAUGGCUCACUGAGCUUGAUAUUUCAUGGUCGGCAGUUGUGGAACUGCCCGGCACGGUUGGGAGCCCGAAUGAACUGAAAGUGAUCAAUAUGAAAGGUUCCGCCACUAUGAAGUUGCCCAGUUCACUCCAGAGCCCAAAGAAGCUGGAAAUGCUGGACGCCGAGCACUGCUAUCGUUUGCAAGAAAUCCCGCAGGCAGUCGAGGAGCUCGGAGUUAAAGUUCUGAAGCAUAUACUUAGGACAUCGCAUAGUUUCUUGUGGCUUACCUCUGCCUAA